AUGGUGCGGGAAACUCCCCAGCUUUUAGUCAAGAGCACUCUGAUCGCCAAGCAAUCAGAACCUAACGUCAAGCAGGCGACAGGGACAAAUGAUGCUCCCCCCCGAAAAUCGUUAAUGUUUUCCAGUCAGCCUCAACAAGCCGAUGUAUUGACGGAGUUCCUGGAACUACAAAAAGGCGUCGGCUACUUCGCCAAACCUUCUUCAACAACCUUGCAGUAUUGUCAUGAACUCGAGGAGGUCUUUGUGCGCAUCGACCUUCUGGGGAUACACAUAUGCGAAAAUGAGAAUAAAGAGUCUGUCAUCAAAGAUGUGCCAAUCGAAGAAGUCAUAAACUAUUCGCAGAAUCUUGGGGCGAAGAGGUUCACGUUCUCGCAUCUGGAAUCCACUGGGGCUCUACGGCAGCUGAGAUUCACUUCGGAGAAGUACUUCGAGAUCUUCGAGGCCCUCGGCCGCGCUAUUGCGAUCGUUAUCAAAAUCAAAACGAAAUCGAUAGGCAUAGGAAAGUCAGAAACAGCGACUCCUCGAGGCGGGUCUCUGUCGUCUCUGUUAGAAGAGAAUGAAGGCCCGGCCCAUGCUCGAGUUUCCCGCGUGCGCAAUUCGCGAACCGCGAAAGAUUCAAAGGGCGGCUCCACCCGAGUCUCAACAACGAGCAACAGCUCUGAACAGUCAACACGAAUGGUGCAGCCAUUUGGGCACCAGAGCAAAAGCAUGGGAGAGCUGAUUAGCCUGAAAUAUGACGGUGGCGCUGAUGAAGAUAUUGCCUCCUCCGAGGUGGGGCAAAAAGCAACUUUGGCAAAGUACUUCAUCGAAAGUCGCUAUGACAAAGCGAAGAAGAAAUUGGCAGGAGCAGAUUCCCCGAAAGCUGCAGCUACAAUGGAGGAUGCUGGUGGAUCGACGCUUACUCGACGGUGGAAGAAUCAAGCCCGCUAUGAUUACCAUUCGUUGUCCAAAAGUCGCUUUAAAUCCGAUUCUUCGAUGAACGCCGAAGAUUCAGAAGGCAAGGGCGGGGUAAACUCGCCACAGAAGCCUUUCACAACAUCGCAAAGUCGACCCGAGCUUUCGUCGGAAGCCACAUCUCCACCUGCUCCCCAUGCGCGGAAUGCAUCAGAGCCUGUUUUGUUUGAUUCCGAAAAGAAAAGUCGACUCACCGUCAUUGGACUGUUUGGGAAUAAAGACUCCUCGAAAGCACGCCCGCGGGCGGCGACGGAAGGUGCUGGGGAGAGUCCGUCAAGCACAUCGCCCGACUCUUGGCAGGUUGUCAGCCCAGACCUUGACGGAGCCGCGGGCUUGGAAAAAGAUACAUUUGGGAGCUUAUCAGGCAUAAAAAAAAUAGCGUCGAAAGUUUCCGUCAAGAGCAAAAAGCAUAAGAACAAGAUUAGCCCUUUGAAGGAGAGCUUGUCACUAGGGAGUGCAGAACUGCUGAACGAUGAUACCAAGAAAGUUACCAAGAUAUAUGACGCAGAAGGUCAGGAGAUUCUUAUAAAAAAUACCGUAGGGGGCAAAUCGCAAAUCACAGCAGGCACGGUGGACGCGCUGGUAGAAGCUUUGCUGGACGAGCCAGAUCAGCUUUACGUCGACGGAUUCCUCUUAACGUUUAGACAUUUCCUCACCCCGGCGCAGCUGUUAACAAAGUUGACGAGGGAUUUCCGGAAAUUUGGUGCAGAGCGAACCGUGGACUCGAAGAAGAGAGGCGCCGAAGAGCAGCUAACCAUCGUCGCUCUGGUGAAAAAAUGGGCAGGCGAGCAUGCAUACGACUUCCUCGAUCCGUUGAAUAUGUCCGCCCUUCACCAAUUUCUAGAAGGUGUCCAAACGAGCAAAUAUUCCUCGUACUCGAAGCAGAUUAGGUCACUGGUGCAGCAUGCACUUAAUGACCAUGAGGAUUCAUGCAAAGCGACGGACCUACCCCCAGAUACCAAUCCAACGCACGAGCUGAUACCACUACUGCGAGAGUUCGACAUUCUUUCACAAUCGACGCGGAAGAUUGCUCAGCAGCUCACGCUGGUCGAUUCCCGGAUGUUCAGAUCGAUCGCCCCGGAGGAGUUCACGCUCUUCCUGUGGGACAAUUCACCACUAAAAUCGACACUCACUCGUCGAUUACAGCAGUACAUUAGCCGAUUUAAUCGGAUCGGAUAUUGGGUGGCCACGGUUGUAUGUUCAUUCGUGGAUCGACAGAAACGGACGGAGGCCCUCGAGUUGUUCAUCAAAGUGGCGCACAAGUGCCUGGAAAUGUGCAACUUCAACACGGCCAUGGCGAUUCUGUCUGGACUGAACACCACCCCGGUCUCGCGAUUGAAGAAGACAUUCGCUGCCCUACCCUCGCGCGCAACGACUGCUUACGAAGACCUUGAGGCCAAACUCUCAUAUAAAUCCAACUAUAAGGUUUAUCGCGAGCUGGAGCACCAGGCUAAAGCACCAAUGCUGCCUUUCUUCGGCCUGAUCAUCAAAGAUCUCACUUUCUUGAAUGACGGGAACCAGAAAGUACUUCCGAAUGGACUCAUCAACUUCGAGAAAAUGCGGGAAGUAUGUGCUAUGCUCUCGCGUCUGAAAGAGUGGCAAAGAGCGUCGUUCCCUUUUAUACCGGACGAUGAAGUGAUUGUGCGAGGACCAGGAGACACGGUCACGCUGUUCACUUACUGCAGUCAUCCGCCCUGUAUGAAAGAGGAUCAACUGCUGCAACUGAGCAAAGCUCUGGAACCACCAGAGUCGUCUGAAGCGAAAGGCGCACCAGGAACUAUGCGACGGCGGAUGUCGAGAACGAUCAGCGAAGAUGUCCUCGUAGAUUUCUUGAACGGAAAACCAUUGCCUACGAGAAAACCCAACUUCCCAGCAGAACUACCGCUGAAUCUCGCGUGCACGCCGAUGCCUCGUGCGGGAUACCUCGACACGGAAUCCGACGCCCCAUCACCUCCUUUCGAGAACGUCGCCAUAGCGGCCUCUGCACCGGCUUUUGGUGCGCUCGCGAAACUCGCGUCAGCUGACGAGCUCCUAAGUCCACGAAAAUCGACCGCGGCGAUGCGCGAAUCAAGGAGAUCGUACGCGAGCACAACUUCACCUCUAUACGCACGACAUAGCGUUGACCUACUCUCGCCGUCCACCGAUGCGCCGGGUCAAGAAUACGAUCAGUUUCAGGGCAAAGCAUCCGUUGGCCGGCGUCAGAGCUUGCUGGAGUUGGGAGGGAGCGUGCGAAGAAAGAUGAGUGAGGGCGGCUUGCAGGCUAUGCUGGGAUGGUGGAAGCACGAGGAUGAUCGGGCAAAGAGCGAGGAUGUACUCAACCCGGAUCGGAGUCAGCAAAAAUCGUGA